AUGUCGCUAAUCACCAAGCAACACAGCCAGCGGUCUGGACCCGAUUCUACAAGAACAACAGCCAACAAGAGACGAACCCUCAAAACCUACAGCAAACGCACGCGCGCCGCUGAUGAAGAAGUCGGCUCUGUCCUGUUCAAGAAGCGCAAACCCGAGAUCGAACCAGCAACGCGGACGCCAGACCUCCCACAGCUUCCUCCCGCUCAAUCUGCACCGCCAUCAAGCAGUAUACCCAAGAGUUCGAUCCUAAGCUACUUCAAACCCUGCCGAUCAAGCUCGGCCACUGAAGCCUCCGACCCCUUGUCCGACUCGGAAAAGCUGGUCAACACCCCGCCUUCAUCACCUCCCGUUUUCAGAAAGAUCAAGGAACCCCGUCGUCUGAGGCUACGACACAGCACGCCACUGUCACAUUCGUCGGACCCUUUGGAGGGUGAGAAGGACGAGAAUGAAGAAAGUUGUAUUGUUGUUGGACGGAAACCAUACCACGCUCGCAGGACGAGGGCACGAGGCGCCCCAGAGCUGCAAGAUGCCGACGAAAACAAACUGAACGAGCUUCCCGACCUCGGAAAGAUCGAAAACCAGGCUAGGCCGAAGAAACCUCCCUCCCGAUCAAAACCUGUUCCGACUGUUCAGACGACCAUCAAUCUCUCGUCGAAACCUACUUUUAUGGAGUGUAAGACAUGCCGGAUCGUCCUUCCUUCGGGGCAGGUCGAAGAAAGCAUGAAACUUGGCGCAACGUCUCUGGCAUAG